GCCGACCCAAAACACCUGGAAACCAUUCACCGACCGCCGGAGAUUCAUCUGCUCCUCACGCCCAAUUUCUCCUCCACCACCGCCGACGGAACCGUUCACCUCCGUCAUAAACAGGUUUUGAAGUAUUAUUAGAUGAGUUUUUUAAUUUGCAACAAUGAAAUUUACAACUUAUGAAUAUUUUAGACUUUUCAAUGCAUAUAUCGGCUCUACUCUAAUGCUAUGACUGAGUCGAUGAUUGAUCUGGUAGUAGUGAGCUGGUUGUUAAUGGCUCGUUCCUCCAAACUCUAUCACCAGUUCAACCACAUUAGGACUUUUGUGAAUGCAAGAGUUAAAUGGGUUCGAGACCCCGAUCUUGAUAUUGCAGUCCUCAAAGAGAAAGAUCUCAAAGAGAUAAUUUCUCUUAAGAAUCAUAUUGUUUCAUCUCCUUCCAAAUCCUUAUCUAUCUACAAUGCCUCAAUGUUGAAAUCUUCACUCAACCUUCCGACUACAACUAUCAAAUUUGUUGAGAAACAUCGUCAUGUUUUCACGCAAUUCCAACCGAGUCCUGGUCUCCCUCCAUGUGUCAAGCUUACGCCUCAAGCUUUAUCGCUCCAUAAAGAAGAAAUGGCUGUCCAUAAUUCGGGAACUAACCGUGAAGACACUGCUCAGAGGCUUGCAAGGCUUCUAAUGCUUGCUGGCAUGACAAGAUUGCCGAUUUAUGUAAUUGAGAAGCUAAAAUGGGAUAUGGGUCUUCCUCAUGAUUAUGUUACAACCCUUUUGGCUUAUUACCCUGAUUAUUUUGAUGUUUGUGUUGUAGAAGACCCAAUGUCUGGAAAAGAAGUGCUUGCUUUAGAACUUGUUUCAUGGAGAAAAGAGCUUUCUGUGUCCGAAUUAGAGAAGAGGGUGAUGUACUAUGGUGCAGAAAAAAGAAGACAUGAUAUUCAAUUUCCCAUGUUUUUGCCCAAAAGUUUUGCUUUAGAGAAGAGGGUGAAGACUUGGGUUGAGGGUUGGCAAAAAUUGCCUUACAUUUCCCCAUAUGAAAAUGCAUUUCAUCUUGACUCGAAUAGUGACCAGGCAGAGAAGUGGACAGUGGCAAUUUUGCAUGAGUUGCUUUCUCUUUUAGUGUCAAAGAAGACAGAAAGAGAAAAUUUGAUUUGUUAUGGAGAGUGUUUGGGGCUGGGUUCAAGAUUUAAGAAGGCUUUGGUUCACCAUCCUGGUAUUUUUUACCUUUCUAAUAAAAUUAGGACUCAGACUAUUGUGCUUAGGGAGGCUUACAGAAAUGAAUUUCUUGUUAAGAAACAUCCAGUGAUGGGUAUGAGAUAUUGGUACAUUCACCUCAUGACCAAGGCAUAGAAGCACUGCAAACAAGUUGAUUUGGAGGAUGAUGAUGAUGGUGAAAUUGAAGCUCGGAAUGAAACAUUCGAUGAUGGGUAUGAGAUAUUGGCAUGUUUACCUCAUGACGAAGGCUUAGAAGCAUCAUAAACAAGUUGAUUUGGAGGAUGAUGAUGAAAUUGAAGCUUGGCUAAUGAACCUGAAGUAGAUUCUAGUCCAAACUAUCUAUCAUAGAAAUGAAACCAGAUUUCCAAGUUACUGAUUAUUGCGACUGACACACUGAUUUUUAAGAUGUUUCCUUUGGAAAAUAUUGGAUGCAAGAGCUAUUUUAUGAAUUGAAUUUCCAUAAAUUACCAUAUUUAUUAUGCAGUGUGUUGGAAAUUUGUGCUUGUUGCCAAGGUUUUAAAUUGUAGGAAAUUGCAAUUGUGGUUAUGGACUGCAAUUUAAAACCUUAAUAGUUGGUACUGAUGCUAACGCGGUUAUUAGUAUCCGUAAAUCAUGGAGGAUUGGAUGUAUGCCAUGCCUAAGCAACCAUUUAUGUAGACUUUUCAGUGUUGUAUUUAAUUGUAGCCACAUGGUUGAUUGUGGACAAAUCUUGUCUGUGAUUAACAACCCUGUCUUUGAUUUUUGUCACGGACAAAAUACCUGGUAUAACUCUAGUUAUUAACAUCUAGUAGUUUUCCAGGUUGUUAGUGACUGUCAAAACUGUUAGAGUAUAAAUAUCAUGUAAUCUCUCAAUUAUUCAGAUCAUAAUAUAUGAUUUCAGAUUCAACUUACAAGUUCUCUUUGCACUUUUCUCUUUAUUUCAGAUUUUACCAUGGUUGAAUGUUUAUAACAUGAUUUAUUAUCUCUAAUGUCAGAAAAUUAGUCUUAGAAUUUUUGGGUUUGGCCUAACUCAACCCUACAAAACCAGCUUGUAAGUUGUAAGGUGAGAAUUGCCCCCACUUAUAAACAUAUCUUUAGGCCAUCUCUCUUCCAAUGUGGGAUUCUUUACAAGGAGAUUAUAACAAGUCUACUUCCCAAGUGCAUGCAUGGUAUUCCCUAGGUAUAUGGCUAACUAUGUACAUGCAUCCCCCCCUCAAGCUCCAACAUACAAAUUAAGUGCUCUAAGCAUGAAACAAAUAAAUUGAAUUAUUGGCUCCCAUAGAGAUUUUGUGAAGAUCUUUACCAUUGAUCACUAGAGCUGACAACUCUAUUGAUGACUUCCUUAGAAAGAACUUUCUCAGCUGAUCUUCUAUUUAAACUCUCUUAGCAAUAAAUAAAUAUAUAAAAUUGAAAUUUUGCAAACAUAGUUGGGAUGUCUUUCUCUCCAUUUAACUUUGCAUUCUCUCUUAGUCAAAAUAUACACACG